UGUUUGACAACAAACUGUCAAAUCUGUUUCUAUUACCUUCGGCGCUAUUUCUGUCCUAGUACGGUGUAUUUUUAGAAUCUUGUGGAUUCCCGGUGAAUAAUUGCGCAAAAACUCAUUGGGUGGGAAAAUGGAACCUUCGGUUGAUUGGCAAAAUUCCUGUCGCAACAUCAAAUCCCGCGGUCAAUACAUUCUGGAGUCGGAGAAAUGGGCGGAUUGUCGGUUUCUGGUAGGGACGGAACCAAAUCAGCAAGUCCUCUCGGGUCAUAAGUUAAUCCUUGCUAUGUCAUCGCCUGUAUUUGAAAGGAUGUUUUACGGUAACUUGCCCGACAAGACCGAUCCGAUCCUCAUCCCUGACGUACAGCCCGAUGCAUUCCGCGCUAUGAUGGAGUAUAUCUACACGGACGAGAUAAAUAUCAGCUCCUUCGAUAAAGCAUGUGAACUGUGCUACGUCGCCAAGAAGUAUUUACUUCCCCAUGUGGUGGAGCAAUGCACGCAGUUCUUGUGGCGAGAUCUGAGUCCAAAGAACGCAUGCAGAGCGUAUGAAUUUGCAAAGUUAUUUGAGGAGCCGCGGCUUAUGCAGAGGUGCAUGCAAAUCAUAACAACAAAAACCAAGGACGUACUUACAGAUCCAAGUUUUGGUGACAUUGAACUAACAACUUUACUUGCAAUAUUUGAUCAAGAUAUCCUGAACAUAGAUUCGGAAUUGGCUCUUUUCUCUGCUCUUGAAACGUAUGCUACUGAUCGUGGAUAUGGCGGAAGCAAGUUGAAAUCACGUGAGCCCUCACAAGUACCAGAAGAUAAUGUAGACGUGGAAGAAUUGCCAGAGGUAAAUGAUGUUAAACAACGAGAGCAAUCACAAGAGCCAGCAGCAAAUAAUGACGCUGGUGAGGGUACUUCAAAGCAGAAUAGUAACGAUAAUGAAUUGGAAGUCAGCGAUGAAAUGAAACUGCUAGAGCAGAUGCUUAUUAAGGAAGCUCUCAAGAAAAUCAGAUUCCUUACAUUGACUCCACAACAGUUCGCCGAAGGUCCAGCUCGAUCAAAUCUACUAACACAAGAUGAGUCUCUGGCAAUUUUUAUUAACAUCUCCAGUUCAAGUGAUUAUCCUAUGCCAGAGGGAUUUUGUGUGAGUCGUCAGAAAAGGAAUCGCAGUUGUGGCUACGAGGACAUCCAGAAUACACCUUCGAGGCCUUCUGAUGUUAUUCCUGGAUUUGAGAAUUACAACUUUUCUUUUCCGCGUAAUGACUGCUUGGUUCGUUCCCCUCCAAUUGCGGUGAAUCAAAACGCAAUGGCGGCAUAUGGAAAUUGCAGUGGACACAACCCAGAGUCCGAAGGGGUUAAUAUAACGAUGGAAGCGAGAAAGUUUUAUUGCGUUCGAACGAUACGACAACAAAUCGAUUAUCGAAAUACAAGUGUAACCGAGUGUUCACUCACUUUCCAUGUUGACAAGAAUAUUUUAAUUACAGGUGUUCAAGUGCCCACACAAGUGUUGUGCGGUGAACUUAUGAGUUCGGAAGGAUUUACCGAACGUUAUUCGGAAAUUUUGUACGCGCAUUUACUUGACGCGCAGGGUUCCCGUCUGACAUAUACGCAUUGUACAUCACGUGUUCGCUAUGACUCGCUGUUGGAAAUUUCAUUUGAUCGUCCUGUUUUCAUUCAACGACAAAAAAUGUAUAAGAUUGGCGUGGUUUUCAACAAGGUGGGCUGGUACCCCAUGUACAAUUGUUACCCGGAAGUAACAUGCGAUGGUGUUACCUUCAUAUUCAAUGUUGGUUCACCGCAUGAAUCUUUACGAGAUGGAUUGAUCAGAGCUAUAGUCUUUUUGCACCCAUUCGCGCCGCCUUCGCCAUAUAAUUAUCCGGCAGUCGAAAUGUAGACAGACUAGUGCAGAGCAAUUGUAAGUGGUAUUUAAAUGAUAAAUUGUAUUUCAAAAUUAUGUAUUUUGCGGAAUGCAAAGUUUAAAUAAAUUGCUUAAAUUGGCAAAUACGUAUACAGCACUUAGCUUAAGUGCAUGUGGUAGUCAAUUCAAUCUUAUCAUGACUAAAAAUUUAUAAAAAAUCGAAAUAAAUUAUUAUAUCCAUUAAUAAACAAUACAUCAAAAAGC